CGAACCAAGCCUGCCAAUGGAGCGUAGGGGCAGGGUUUCUGCGCUCAAGGAGACGAGCAGCGGGGCUCACUUUGUAACUCUUCUCUUGCUGCCUUGAGGAGGAAGACUGAGCAACUCAGAGAGCGCAGAGGUACGGUGAAGAACUUGCGCUCUAAAGCAUCACGGGACAACAUGAGCGAGUACUGGUUAAUUUCAGCUCCUGUGGACAAAUCGAACCAACAAAUAUGGGAAAGAAUGAACACUGUAACCGAAAAAGCCAGCUUAUCGAAUAACUUUAAAUUCCCGAUCCCAGAACUCAAGGUGGGGACUUUGGAUUCAUUGGUUGGGCUCUCGGAUGAACUAGGAAAACUUGAUACGUUUGUUGAAGGCAUUGUGAAGAAGCUGGCACAGUAUACAGCAGAUAUCAUGGAGGAUUCCAAGGAGAAAGCUCAAGAAAACUUAUUAGCCAAUGGGGUUGACCUUCAUAGAUAUGUGACACAUUUUCAGUGGGACAUGGCUAAAUAUCCUAUAAAACAGUCACUUCAAAACAUAUCAGAAGUCAUUAACAAGCAAAUUUCACAGAUUGAUACUGACUUAAAGUCUCGUGCAAUGAUGUAUAACAACACAAAGGGAAACCUGCAAAAUCUGGAAAGAAAAGCAGUGGGUAGUCUUUUGACCCGUACCUUAGCAGACAUUGUAAAUAAGGAAGACUUUGUAUUAGAUUCAGAAUAUCUCACAACUCUUCUGGCUUUUGUCCCAAAGUCCAAUUAUGUUUCCUGGCAAAAGACGUACGAGUCCCUGUCUGACAUGGUGGUUCCUCGAUCUACAAAAAUGAUCAUUGAGGAUAUGGAGGGUGCCCUCUUUACAGUAACUCUUUUCAAGAAAACCGUGGAUGAAUUCAAAAUCAGAGCCCGAGAAAACAAGUUUAUGGUGCGAGAGUUUAACUACAGUGAAGAAGAAUUGCAUGCUGAAAAGGAGGAAAUUACACGAUUAAGUGCGGACAAGAAACAACAGUAUGGCCCUUUACUGCGUUGGCUAAAGGUAAAUUUUAGUGAAGCAUACAUAGCGUGGAUUCACAUAAAGGCUUUAAGAGUUUUUGUUGAAUCUGUUCUUCGGUAUGGGCUUCCAGUCAAUUUUCAGGCUAUGCUUCUUCAGCCAAAUAAAAAGACCAUGAAAAGACUAAGAGAUGUGCUCAAUGCACUUUUUAAACAUCUAGAUGAAGUUGCUGCUGCAAGCACUGUUGAUGCCAACAUGGAUAUCCCUGGACUGAAUGUCAGCCAACAAGAUUACUACGCCUAUGUCUACUUCAAAAUUGACAUUGACUUGUUUAACUUUAAGUAAACCAUUGGCUACAAUGUGAAAAAAAUGCAAGUUGCUUGUUUUCUGUAUCAAAUGAGUUAUAUAUAUAUUUUUUUGUGAACAUACAUAUGGAAGUGGGUCCUUGGUAAUUGUUAAAGAAUGUUUAUCUGAAAAACUAAUAUAAAAACAUAAUGCUUGUUAAUUUUUUUGUAGAAAAUAUUUACUGAAAAUCUGUACAACAAUCUAUUAGAAAACUUUGGUUGGUAGCCAAUAAAAUCUUGGUGAGGAGACUACAUUCAUUCCAUUAAACACUGUGUUUUAUUUCAAUCAACUUAUUCAAAAUUUCAAUCAUUUGGGAACAAUUAUUAUGUUUUCAUUGAUGUUAGUAACUGGCUGUAUCCACAUUAAUUUUGUCAUCUUUGAUUAGGAACUUUAAAUUGUGUCCUAAUUUUAUUUUACUUAGAAUAAACUCUCUUUCUUGGAGUUAUCAGUGAUC